AUGGCUUCUACAUUUACACCUUUCGCAAGCCGACGAAGCGUCGUUCAUAGUCUCAAUGGAAUCGUGGCCUGCACCCAGCCUUUAGCCGCAGCAGCCGGACAGAGUAUCCUCCGACGAGGAGGUAACGCAGCGGAUGCUGCGGUCGCCGUUGCCGCAUGUCUCAAUGUUACGGAGCCCUGGUCCACAGGAAUCGGCGGUGACAUGUUUUGUCUGUACUACGAUGCCCAAAAGAGAAAGGUCAAAGCUUUGAACGGGUCUGGAAGAGCACCAGCUAGCAUUACCUUGGAAGAAGUUCGACGAAAACUGGGCUUGGGUGACAACCAGCCCGGUGGUAUUCCACUCACGAGUGUGUAUGCUGUCACGGUUCCGGGGGCAGCAGCGGGCUGGAUCGAUACCGUGGAGAGAUUUGGGAGCGGGAGACUGUCAAUGAAAGACAUCCUGGGACCAGCCAUAGAGUUGGCUGAGAAUGGAUUUCCUGUAUCGGAAAUCUCUGCAUACUAUUGGAAAGCCAAUGAACGAGCCCUCCGAGCAGCAUCACCCAACUUCAGAGAAAUGCUCAAAUAUGACUCGACUGCGGCGGAUGGAGUCAGAGCACCAAAUACAGGAGAGAUCAUGAAAAAUCCGACCCUCGCGAACACAUUCCUCCAGUUAGCGACUCAUGGCAAGGAUGGAUUUUACUCUGGCCGGAUUGCAAAAGCAAUCGCUCAAGUCAUGCAAGACCUUGGGGGCUACUUGUCAGAGGGUGAUCUCAAGUAUCACGCAGAAAGAGCCAGCGACGCGGUGGAGCCAGUGUCCCUGCGCUACACACCGAACAAGUCCCAUAGCGUCGACAUUUGGGAACAUCCGCCAAACGGCCAAGGGAUCAUAGCACUCAUGGCGCUUGGGAUAAUUCAAGAGCUCGAGCAAACAGGGAGCAUAUCUGAAAUACCCCCACACAACUCAGCAGAGUACCUACACCUGCUCAUAGAAGUUCUACGGAUCGCCUUCGCCGACGGGACUUGGUGGAUAUCCGACCCGGAUUUCAACACCACACCAGAUCUGCUCUCGUCUGCCUACCUUGCAGAGCGCGCUCGUUUAUACAAUCCUGAACACGCAUCUGGUAUCCUCGAUCACGGUAGCCCGGCCCUCCGAUCUAGCGACACAGUAUACUUCGCCGUGACAGAUGCCAGCGGCAAUGCCGCAUCGGUUGUGAACAGCAAUUACCACGGCUUCGGAAGCGGAAUCAUCCCCGCAGAUUGCGGAUUCACACUUCAGAGUCGAGGCGCAAACUUCUCACUUGAGCCGGGGCAUCCUAAUGCGCUGGAGCCUAGAAAACGACCAUACCACACUAUUAUCCCGGCCAUGGCGACAAAUCCUGACGGGUCGCUUCACUCGGCAUUUGGGGUAAUGGGUGGGUUUAUGCAGCCACAGGGUCAUGUACAGGUAUUGCUGAACAUGCUAGUGUUUGGGAUGAGUCCACAAGAGGCGUUAGAUGCGCCACGGGUGUGCAUUGGAGUUGAGACGGACGGGUCAGAGGGGUGGGUCGAUGUCGAGGAAGGGAUAGGCUCAGAGGCAAUUGAUGGAUUGAAAAAGAGGGGACAUCGGGUCAAGCUUAGAACGGGGUGGCAGCGGGAUUUGUUCGGCAGAGGCCAGAUUAUUCGCAGUCGAAUGGAGGAUGGGCAGAGAGUAUAUAGUGCGGGGAGUGAUCCGAGGGGUGAUGGCAUGGCAAUUCCGGUCUAA